CGUGGUGCAAGUCGAACGUGCGAGCGUACCGACGUUGUGACCGCGGUUGUAGUGCGUCUCCCAUCUCGUGCCCGUUGCGUCUCGGAGUGUGAGCGCACGCUGACCGUUGCUGACGCCAACCGUUUUCCUUCGCAAACAUCGUGACGGUGUCUUUCGGGUGCGAAGAAGGAAAAUGCUUCUCUCGCCCACUGUGUGUGAAUCGUGCAUCGUGUAAGCAAAGUUACAGCAUUAAAAAAGGAGCAUUAACGUUGGGCGCCCAAAGCCCGCUGCUGGAGGCCUAAGCUGGGAGCAAUAUUUAUGCAGCCAGUUUUCCCCAUCAUCGUGUGCAGACGACCGACGACCUUCUACUGGAAAGCAGGAUAGAAGUAAAACCUUCGCCACCAUGUACGGGAUGCUGUUGGAGAGCGUACAACACUUUGUACAGCUCGAAUAUGGAGAGUACGUGUGGCGCCAGGCACUGCUCACCACCGGUUGCAAGAACACCGUAUUUAACACCCACCAGCUCUAUCCGGACAGCUUGAUUCCCGAGCUGGCGGCGGCCCUGUCGUCCAUCACCGGUAAACCGUGCGAUGAGUUUAUGAUUUUCUUUGGCCGCUGCUUCGUCCGAUUUUUCAGCAACUUUGGCUACGACGAGCUGAUAAAAGCGACGGGGCGCUACUUUUGCGAUUUUCUCCAUUCCGUCGACAACAUCCAUCUGCAGAUGCGGUUUACGUACCGCAAGAUGAAGAGCCCAUCGAUGCAGCUAACGGAGGUGGACGAAAAUGGGGCCGUCCUGGUGUACCGGAGCACCCGCAGUGGCUUCUCCAAGUAUCUGCGCGGUCAGCUGCUCGAGAUCGCCAAGCAGCUGUAUGGAAUGGAUGUCAGUAUUAAGGUGUUGGAGAGCCAGAACGAUAGUGCGGUCGGUGCGGCUCAGGGUGGCCUCAAGACAGUGAUAGUAAAGUAUCGUUUGGACUUUGAUAAUCGGGAUUACGUGAGUAGACAGCGGUAACAUCUACCGGUACCACUUCAGUUGGCUCCAGUGAACAGUAUGAUUCUGCUGAAUCUAUUCCCGUUUGCCCUUAUCCUGAACGAUGAAAUGAAGAUAACGGCUGUCGGGGAAAAGCUCAUCGAAUCCUGGAUGCUCAACAACGGUAGCCGAUCGCCGACGGAGUUGAUUGGUGCGAAAGUCACCGAGCACUUUAAACUGCGGCGUCCAACAGGGAUAACGUUUACGUGGGAGAAUAUUAAACGACUACAAACGGUUCUCUUCGAGAUCCAGCUACUGAAAGGCUCUUCUGCUAAGGGAACGAAGGCAAUCAGCGAUGCAGCGCAUCCGGAAUCCACUAAGCCGCAUGAACAAACACCGGCCGAGGAUGCGGCGAAGAUCAUGACGAACAUUCCACGCCGAGGUUCCCAAGGAAUUCGCAGUAUCUUGUUGAAGGGUGAGAUGCGCUACAUUAAGGAUAUCAAUUCAUUGGUGUUUCUGUGCAGUCCACUAAUUCAGAACUUGGAGGAACUGCGUGAAAUGGGACUGUACCUGAACGAUCUCAAUCCACACGGCCUGAGUCGUGAGAUGGUGUUUUCCGGGUUCUCUCACUAUUCCCGAUUGGAUUUGAUGUGUGAACGAGAGGAACAGCGGGCCGAAGAGCUGGAGACAUCGCUGGCACUGGCUGACUCGUGGAAGCGCCAGGGAGACGAGCUGCUGUACUCGAUGAUACCGCGUUCGAUUGCGGAACGGUUGCGCGAAGGACAAAACCCACACGACACAUGCCAAAGCUUCGAGGAAGUGACCGUGCUGUUUGCGGAAGUCCAGGAGACAAUCACUGGCGAUGAUUCGAUCAAGUACGCCAUGACGACGGUUAACACGUUGAAUGCGGCGUUUACUGCGUUCGACGAGCUGAUCCAGUCACCGAUGGCGUACAAGGUUGAGACGGUCGGUAAGGUGUACAUGGCGGUCAGUGGUGCACCGGACAGCAACCCGUUUCACGCCCAGCAUAUGGCCAAUCUGGCACUGGAGAUGCUUGCCAGCAUACGGGAGCUGAAGUUGCCCGGAGUGGGAGUAAAGAUCGGUUUUCAUUCCGGUCCCAUUGUGGCCGGCAUUGUGGGACUGAAAGUGCCACGGUACUGUCUAUUCGGGGAUACCGUCAAUACGGCUUCACGGAUGGAGAGCAGCAGCGAAACGGACCGAAUUCAAGUGUCCGGCUACACGGCACAGAAGCUGAAGAAGCUGGGCUACGUCCUGUCGUACCGUGGUAAGGUUGCUGUGAAGGGCAAAGGAGACAUGGAAACCUACUGGUUGGUGGGUAAGCCGCAGAAGAACAUUACAAAUUGUGAUUAUAAAAUGCCGAACGGUGUGAUAAUGAUGGUGCUGCUGGCAUCGCUACUGCUAUCCACUGUCAGCCAGCGAGUGUUAGCCCCACAGGAACAGAUGACGGUCGAUGAGAAUCGCAUCAAUUACGACAUCUACGUGACGCCGGUGAUGCUGCCCACUGUUCCGUUUGCUGCUCCGAACCGGUUUCGGGCGAAAAAUCCUUUGCUGGCGUGGCUGUCCACCGUGCUGUAUUAUCGUCCGUCUGCCGGGUCUGCUUCUUCGUCCGAUACGACGAUCGGUGCUUUCGGCAAACCUUCACCAUCGCGAGAAUGCUCGAGCUGCACUUGUGGCAGAGGAAAGACGAGCUCCCGGAUUGUCGGUGGUGAUGCGGCCGAUGUCAAGGAGUACCCCUGGAUGGCGAUGCUACUGUACCGGGGGUCGUUCUACUGUGGCGGUUCGCUGAUCAACGAUCGCUACAUCCUGACGGCGGCCCACUGCGUACUGAGUUUCGUGCCGAUGCAGCUCCAAGCGAAGCUGUACGAUGUCGAGCAGGCCGAGAUGGUAACUAGGGCGGUUGCUUGGCUGCAGGGACACGAGCGCUUCAAUCUCGAUACCUUUAACAACGAUAUCGCGCUGGUGAAGCUCCAGCAACCGGUCGAAACCGGUGGUAGCUUCAUACCGGCGUGCCUCCCAACACCGGGGCGGAGUUAUGCCAACCAGAACGGAACCGUGAUCGGUUGGGGCAAGCUGGCCAACGGCAGUCUGGCGCACGGUCUGCAGAAGGUCGUGGUGCCAAUCAUUAGCAAUUCCCAGUGCCGCAAAACCGACUACCGCUCGUCGAGGAUCACGGACAAUAUGAUGUGUGCCGGCUAUCCAGAGGGUGGUCACGAUGCCUGUCAGGGUGACAGCGGUGGACCACUGCACGUCGGUGAUAGCAAUGUCCGCGAACUCGUCGGAAUCGUUUCGUGGGGCGAAGGAUGCGCACGGCCCAACUACCCAGGCGUCUACACGCGGGUAUCGCGCUUCCUGACCUGGAUCAAGACGAACACCCGUGAUGCAUGCAGCUGCGAGCGACCGGCAAGUUUGCUGAUCGAUCCGGAUGGGUUUGUCGGGAAGGCACCGCUGCUGAACAGUGGCGUGUGGACGUGGAUCACCACCAUCUUCGGUAUGCCGAUCUUCAGUGUGUUCGCGUACCGGACGACACCACGCAGCUGUCCACCGUGUUCAUGCGGUACGAAUGGGAACAACUCGAAGAUUGUCGGUGGAGAGGAGGCCGCGAUCGGGCAGUAUCCGUGGAUGGUGGCCUUGUACUACAGCAAUCGGUUCAUCUGCGGUGGUACGCUGAUCAACGAUCGCUACGUCCUGACGGCGGCUCACUGCGUGUUCGGUAGUGAUCGAUCGCGGUUCCGGGUAAAGUUUCUGAUGCACGAUCGGCUCGUACCGAAGGAGGACUCGUUCGAGCGGAAGGUCUCCUAUAUCAUGACGAAUUGGUUUAUUAAUGUGGUCCUUUUUAUCACGAACGAUGUGGCGCUGCUGAAGCUGAGCGAACCGGUCCCGCUCGGCGACAGUAUCACGCCCGUCUGUCUGCCACCGGAAGGGAACAGCUACGCUGGGAAAGAGGGUGUUGUGACGGGGUGGGGAAAGCGGGGUGAUGGUUCGUUCCCGAUGCAGCUCCAGGAGGUCCACGUGCCGAUCCUCGCGAAUGAGGAGUGCCACAAUCAGACGCAGUACUUCCGCUUCCAGAUCAACGAUCGCAUGAUGUGUGCCGGGAUUCCCGAGGGUGGUAAAGAUUCCUGUCAGGGUGACAGCGGUGGUCCGCUGCACGUGUACGAUCCCGACGCGAACCGGUACGUGAUUGCGGGCGUCGUUUCGUGGGGCUUCGGUUGCGCCCAGGCCGGCUUCCCCGGGAUCUACGCCCGCGUCAAUCGUUUCAUCUCGUGGAUCAACUUCAACACGCGCGACGCCUCUCCUGUGCUGAUGCUGGUACUGACACUUCUGGUCGAUCCGCUUCCUGCGGCACCGGCGGUACGCAGCUACAACAACAACGGAACGGCCGAUUCCUGUGACUGUGUAUGCGGUGUCGGUGGGCGCACCAACCGAAUCGUUGGUGGCUCUGAGGCGGAAGCCCAUCAGUUCCCCUGGCUUGCCGGCCUUUUCCGGCAAGGCAAGCUGUACUGCGGUGCAUCCGUCGUGUCCCGCAACUUCCUCGUCACGGCCGCCCACUGUGUCAACUCGUUCGAGGCGAGCGAAAUCAGGGUCUACCUCGGUGGUCACAACAUCGCCAAGGACUACACGGAGCUGCGACGUGUGAAGCGCAUCAUCGAUCACGAGCACUUUGACAUCUUCACGUUCAACAACGACAUCGCGCUGCUAGAGUUGGACAAACCGUUGCGCUACGGUCCCACCAUUCAGCCGGCCUGUCUCCCGGAUGGCAGUGUCAUGGAUUUCACCGGUACGCUCGGUGUGGUUGCUGGUUGGGGGAGGGUGGAGGAGAAGCGAGCACCCUCGAAGACUCUGCGAUCCGUCGAGGUGCCGAUCUGGUCGCAGCAGCAGUGCCUAGAGGCCGGUUACGGUAGCAAAAAGAUCUCGGCCAACAUGAUGUGUGCCGGUUAUCACGAUGGCCAGAAGGAUGCGUGCCAGGGUGAUAGCGGUGGUCCGAUGCAUAAGAUGGGCCAGCUCGGUAGCAUGGAAGUGAUUGGGGUGGUUUCGUGGGGUCGUGGCUGCGCCCGACCCAACCUGCCCGGUAUCUACACCCGUGUCGUCAACUAUCUACCGUGGAUACACGAGAAGCUGGCCAACGAGUGCCUUUGCCCACCGAAGGACGUUGCACGCCGGAUCUGA